GCCCACUCCGUCACGGACAUGCGCAGUGUGACCGGAGCAGCGGUAGGUGAAGGAAUGAUGGCGUCUUCGGCUGCCCGCUGCUCCUCACGCUGGAUUACAGUCAUCGUGUCCUCUGGACAUCGCAGGGCCGUCGGUGCGGUUGUCUGCGCUGGCCACGGAGGGGUCCGCAGUAUAUCUACACUGGGAGCGGAAAAACUGUGGCGGGGAGGGAACCUGAUGUGUGGCGGACUAGGGAAAGCGUUGACAUUGAGAGGGCUGUCAGGUAUCAAAUCCCCCCAUGCUGUCCCCACACUGACCUUUCACACAAGUGCCCCUGCUAGCAGCAAGCAGGACUUAUACCAGAUCCUUGGUGUACCUCGCACAGCAACCCAGAAAGAGAUCAAGAAAGCCUACUAUCAGAUGGCCAAAAAGUAUCACCCUGACACCAAUAAAGAUGACCCACAAGCCAAGGAAAAAUUUGCUCAGCUGGCUGAAGCCUAUGAGGUCCUGAGUGAUGAAGUGAAGAGGACGCAGUAUGAUACGUAUGGCUCAACAGGCUUUGACGCUGGUCAGGCUGGUGGAGGGCAGCACUACUGGACAGGACAGGCCAGCCACGUGGACCCAGAGGAGCUCUUCCGCAAGAUCUUUGGGGAAUUCUCCGGAGCCCGUGGCUUUGGAGACUUCAAUGCCGUAUUUGAUCAGCCACAGGAGUACAUCAUGGAGCUGACGUUCACUCAGGCAGCAAAGGGAGUCAACAAAGAGAUAUCCAUUAACAUAGAAGCAGCCUGCCAACGCUGUGAUGGUAAGGGCCACGAGCCAGGCACCAAAGUCCAGCACUGCCACUUCUGCAACGGCUCCGGCAUGGAGACAGUGAACACGGGCCCGUUUGUGAUGCGCUCCACGUGUCGUCGCUGUGGUGGCAAAGGUACAGUCAUCUCCACCCCCUGUCACUCCUGCCGUGGGGCAGGGCAGACCAAGCAGAGGAAGGCUGUGAUGGUUCCCGUGCCUGCAGGAGUGGAGGAUGGUCAGACAGUCAGAAUGCCAGUUGGUAAGAAGGAGAUCUUCAUCACUUUUAGGGUCCAAAAAAGUCCAGUGUUCAGGAGGGACGGUGCAGACAUCCACUCUGACCUUUUUGUGUCUGUGGCACAAGCUAUCCUGGGCGGCACGGCAAGGACACAGGGCCUUUAUGAAACACUAAACUUAUCCAUCCCUGCAGGCAUCCAGGCAGACCAGAGGAUUCAUCUGGUAGGGAAGGGAAUCGCUCGUGUCAGUGGCUAUGGCUAUGGAGACCAUUAUGUCCAUGUCAAAAUAAAAGUACCCAAGACACUGACAGACAGACAAAAAGCUCUGCUAAUGAGCUAUGCUGAGGACGAGACGGACGUGGAGGGGACAGUGAACGGUGUCACUGCCACUACCACAGGUAAAAGGUCAUCCUGGAAUUGAGAAGCUUCAUCAGUAGAUCAGAGGGCAGAAGGGAGGACAGCGUAAAGCAAGAACAGCCACAUUAUAAUGGGACAGGUGGUUGAGGAGUAUUGGGUGUUGGAUGAGGCCCACAAAGGUUCUGGACAGAUCAGUACGGAUCUACCUACCCAGCCCUGCAGUGAAUACGGCAGAGGAUUACCUGCUCUGUAACUCUGCCAAAGUGAAUCCACACACAAGAGGAUGUUCCAGUGCGCCAACCACCUCUGUCAAUUGAGGCCAUUUGGGCAGCAAAGACUUUUCAUUUAUCAUAGCAUGCAUGUUGGUUUUCUGUUAAUCGCCAUAAGAAAAACAUAAUGCUGAUAACAGAAUCCAUGUGCACAGAAAUAAAUUAUUGCAUUGACAGAGACCACAGAUAGUCAUAAAUUUUAUUUGGGAUUAAAUUAACCUCCUGUUAUUAAUCCUUUUGUUCUGCAUGCUUCGGUUGUGUUUUCGUGAAUGCUUUGAGUUUCCCAAUUCUCAGCCCUGUCAGUUCUAACAGGUUGAACAUGACCAGACGAACUACAUGUUUACCUUUUGAGUUUACGUGUUGGACAGUGUAGAGGUGUGUCUGCAGUGGAUAGUCAGUCUCCUGUCUCUGAUUGAGGACUAAACUGUGAAAAGUUAACAUUUGGCUAACGUUUCCCUGAACUGUGAACACUGAUGACCGGGCUCUGUCCCUCUUGAGCCUUUUAAUUAUGAGAGUAAAUUCACUUGGAGUUCUGCACCUUCAUUAAAUUUGUAGAUAGACAAUUGUGGUUAAUACAGUUGCAGCAAUGUGUCACAUAGAACAGAUAUACUGUAUGUCUAUAAUAAAGCUAUGGUCUGGGAAAA